GACAUGUCCUCCGUGUAUCGCGGUGGCUUUCUGGGUUUUAUCUUAAUUGUCUGGACGUGUUAAAGAUGGCUGUGAGAUGGAACAUGCCUCGUUAUCAGUGGCCCAGGAGCCAAAACGAAGGCGACGCUGCACAGAGGUGAACUCAGAGGAGACGCUGCACAGAGGUGAACACCUGUGCGCCACUAGACUUUGAACCGUGGAUGUACGUACUGCACGCGAACACACAGAUGCAGCCCUUACGUAAGUCAGACGGCCUCAACAAGCGUGACAUACAAAUGUUUAAAGCAAAAGUUCAAAGGACAGUAUUUAUGUGAUUAUUUACUGAACUUGACCUGGUUCAGACUUUAAGAAAGCAGCCAAAACCACAACAAUCAAUAGUGCCUCAACGUUGAGAUUCACUUGAUACGUAUAUUUAAAUGCAUUCGUUUCCAACUGUAGUUUUUAUGUCUCUCGCGACUCUUGUGCAGUAAUCGGAGUUGUGCUGUGUCAUUUCAACCUCUUGCGCAACUUCUUACCUCUGGCCAAUAUCGAUACCUAUCGGUGUGUUGUGUGUAUGUGCGUGUGGGUGUGUGAGUGUGCGUGUGUGUACUGUUACUUAAGCCGAGCUCCAGUCAGUCCAGUCACAUUUACAUGAAAGCAGAUCCACAGAAGGUCCAAGCAACAACUGAACAGAGAGUCUAAUGGCACUGCUCCUGUGUUUGGGCCUGUCGCUGCUGGCGGCGGUCCAGCCCAGCGCCGUCAAGAACUGCCACCCGGGUUGCCACUGCGAGGUGGAAAGCUUCGGCCUGUUCGACAGCUUCAGCCUCACCAGAGUGGACUGUCGGGAGCUGGGACCCAGCGCCUCCAUGCCCGUCCCCAUCCCGCUGGACACGGCCCACCUGGACCUGUCCUCCAACACCAUGGGUCCGCUCAGCGACGCCAUGCUAGCUGGUCCGGGCUACACCACCCUUAUUAGCUUAGACCUUAGCAGCAACCACAUAACGAAGAUCAGCCCCAGUGCUUUUUCUAAGCUGCGUUACCUUGAGACUCUGGACCUGAGCCACAACAACCUGGAGAGACUCCCUGCCAGCUGCUUCUCCGGUCUCCCUCUCGCUGAAGUUGAUCUCAGCCACAACAGUUUCCAGGAGUUUGACAUGGACAUAUUUGCUCCUAAAAUUAACGGCGAACCCGUCAGUGUGGACCUCUCUAAUAACAAGCUUGUGUCGGUCUCCACCACUGUGCAUGGGAGAGUGUUGUACAUCCAAAGCUUAAACCUGUCAACGAACCAGUUGUGGAGCGUACCGAGGCUGGAGGGGCUUCCGCUGAGGUACCUCAAUCUGGACGGGAACCCGAUCACGCAGAUCAAGGCGGCCGCGUUUUCUCAGCUCAAAGAUCUGGUUUACUUAUCCCUCAGUGGGCUGCAAAAGCUCGAAGUCAUCGAGCCUUUCAGCUUCAAGGGCCUUCACAGCCUCCAGGUUCUGGACCUCUUAAAUAACCCCCAGCUGAAGACGCUGAGCCCAGCUGUCUUUAGUGGACUGGACUCUCUGCAGGAGCUCAAUUUGUCUGGCACAGGGGUGGCGUCUUUGCCCAACAACAUGCUCACCCACCUGCCCAGCAUCAAGAGUAUCACUCUGGAGGGAAACAUCCAGUGCUGGAAGACCCGGAAGCAGGGUCAGUUCCACCGGCAGCUCGGGCAGGUCCAGAACAACGACGUGCUGAACUGCAACACGGAGGGGGUUGUGUUGUGAGACUGUGGACUCUUCACAGCACUGACACGUGCCUUGUUUGCUUUGAUAUGCAAAAUACCCUUUGUGGUACUUCGACACCUUAAUGUACAGAUACAAACCAUGGACCCAUUUCAAGCAAAUGUUCAUGGCUCAUUUCAGAUGGAACCACAUUAAUAGUUCUUUGCACGUCCACACUGAAUAUUUCCCAGCUUUUGACCACUACAGAGUUUGUGCUUGUUGAAUGUGAGUCCUUGUAUUUGGAUGUCGGUUACAUGAGGAGGUUCAAGGAAAAGCAGCCACAAAAGGACAAUUUCAUCACUUGAAGCUUUUUGUGUAUAAACAGCCCAAAACCUUUUGAAACACUGUCUCUCCUCCACUGUGGAUAAUUUAAAAGAUUACACUGAGUUUGGUUCAACAGCUUUCGCCAGCUGGGUGCAUGAAGCCUUUGACGUGGUGCUUUCUGAUCUGUGUCACACAAACGGACUAAACGAGCUGGGUCCGUGUCUCUGCGGUUUCCAGCUCAACGGGAGUGAAAUAUAAAGGCCUUCACACGUCUGGUUAGGAACUGAGGCCAGGAUCCUGGCUCACUGUGCCGUUAGCUGUACCUUAGCAUUCCUGUGGCGUCUGUAGGAAGACGACGAGCCUCCAGACUGCACGCUGGGGUCUGUCUUUGUCGCAGACUGUAAAUGCUGAGAAUUUUACAAGGCUAAUAAUAAAUUCUGAUGGGCCCAGUCUUUGUGUAAAAGUUUAUAUUUGUAUGUAACUUUAUAAAAAGAUGUAAAUCACAUGUAAUAAAGUUCUCUCAGCCUCGUG